AUGAAGAGAUUUCUGGAUAGCACCGAGCGUCCGUACACGGUCCAACAGGCAAGUCUUCUCCUCGCAUGCUCCCCGGCACGUUGUAACCUCUGCUCAGUCACCUGCCCGAUAUGUUCCCGCACGGUCGCUGAAAAUGACAUCAACACGCACCUCGACAGCAACUGCUCAGAUGACGCCCUCAUCACGGUCUCUGCCCGUCUGCCAGACCCCAAGGCCAAGCAGUCCAUUGCUCCCAUCUUCUCUCAGCGAUCCGCUGCUUCGUCCUCUCGCAUCACCCCUUCUGGCUCCAAGAACAAGCGGCCAGCAGCCUCAAGCGCAGAUGCUGGCCCAGCCAAGCGCAGUAAAGCUUGCACCAAACUGUCCGCCGCUGCUCCGCUGGCGGAGCGCCUGCGUCCACAGAGCCUCGACGAGUUUGUCGGCCAGCCGCACCUCACAGGUCCCAGCUCGCUGCUCAUGAAUCUCACCCGGUCAGGGUCGUUCGGUAGCUUGAUCCUGUGGGGGCCACCCGGAUGCGGAAAGACGACACUCUCGCGCCUGCUUGCAAAAGCUGUUGACGCGACAUUCAAAGAACUGAGCGCGACAGACUCGGGCAUUGCCGAUGUCCGCUCAGUCGCGGAGGAAGCCAAGGGCCUCAUGAACCUCACCGGAAGGCGGACCAUCUUGUUUCUCGAUGAAGUGCACCGGUUCAACAGAGCACAGCAGGACAUCUUUUUACCGUAUAUUGAGCAAGGCAUCAUACAGUUGAUAGGUGCUACGACGGAGAACCCAUCCUUCAAACUCACUGGUGCUCUCCUUUCGCGGUGUCGUGUAUUGGUUCUGGAACGGCUGACUGACGAUGACACCCGGCAAAUCCUCACACAAGCCGUCCGACGCGUCAGCCCUCCUGUCCAUUUACCUGAUGACACUUCGAACACACUACCAACUCCUUCAAAAUUGGUCUCUAGACCAAUAGACCCAGCAUCAUCCCCUCCGACGUCCUCGCUACCACUUCUUUCCAGCAGCCAAGGGCCGCUCUCCCAAUCUACAGCCUUGACACAGCAGGAUGAUGGCGAUCAAACCGCCGAGAAACCUGCGCCACUCUUCCCGUCCUUUCCAACGCUGACGCCACGUGUGGUGGAUACGAUCGUCUCACUCUCGUCUGGCGAUGCGCGCAUCGCCCUGUCUCUCCUUGAGCUCUUUCUUACAGCUCCGCACACGUUAGAAGACGAACUUCUUGCGGCGCUCCGCCGCAGUGUCAGUACGUCCUACGAUCGCACCGGCGACGAUCGCUACGAUCUCAUCUCGGCACUGCAUAAGAGCGUGCGCGGUAGCGAGCCUGAUGCGGCGCUUUACUGGCUUGCGCGUAUGCUCGGCGCGGGUGAAGACCCGCUCUACAUCGCGCGCCGCAUGACAGUUUGCGCCAGUGAGGACAUUGGGCUGGCAGACAACCACGCAUUGCCUCUGGCUGUGGCAGCCCUCACAGCGUGCCAGACUGUCGGCAUGCCCGAGUGCCGCAUCCACCUGGGGCACCUCGUCAGCUACCUCGCGCUCGCGCCGAAGUCGACGCGCUCGUAUACUGCCUACAACCGCGCGGAGGAGGCCGCCAAGGCAACACCAACCGCACCCGUACCGCACAUGAUGCGCAACGCACCCACGAAACUUAUGGAAAACCUCGGCUAUGCGGAAGGGUACGCGUAUAACCCAGACUAUGCGCAUCCGGUCACAAACGACUACCUCCCUGCACCGCUCGCCGGUGCGCGCUUCUUGCGUGACGAGGGCGACCUCGAAGGCAAGACGUGGGAUGAGGAAAUGCUCCGCCGCUGGGAGACGCGCAAGAAUAACAAGAGGCCGUGGGAAGUGCGUAGGACUAUCGCACACCCGAAUAAUGCGGAGUAUGUCGAGGUGGAACGAGGUCGCAGGACUGGGGACAAGGCAUGACAAGGAAGGCUCCGUAGGCGGAGUGGUGUAGAUAAUAUCAAAUCUCUUGAUUAUCGUAAGCAGCGACUUAUUGCUCACGUCAUGCUGAUGAGUUGGCCUAUACUUCGUCUAAUUUUCGAGUCUCCUCGCCAUAGAAUGUGUUGUCUGCAUAUACAAGGA